UCCUUAUAUAUCACUAAUGGCCCCUUAUAUCACCUGUGUCACCUGCCUUUGGUGUCAUAAAGUUCUGUAACCAAUAAGAAGUGGCCAAUGAAUUUCCCAAAGCCUAUAUAUACAGUAUAUACACACAUUUCCUCCCACGUUCCCAUAACUUUGGGGAAUUUUAGCCUUCAUGUAACUGUGGUUAUUUCCCUAUAAAUGUCCUCAAAAAUAGCCAUAGGAAACAGCAGGGCUGCAAUGAUAAGGCCAGCGGGGGCUGCCGCACACAAUGCAUGCUGGGUAACGGAGCAGCAAGCAACUCUCCUACACACACACGCAACUGCCCCAGCCUGAGAGCCCCCGAUAAGCUGCGCGACGCAUUGAGCCCACCAUGAGACGUUUGCUCUCGUUGGUCCUCAUUCUCUUGGCCACUUGGCCGGCCUGCUCCCCUUCCUGCACCACUGAGAAGAACGUAGUGAAGGACAAGCAGGAGACCCAGUGUACGCACAUGGCUCUCACCUCUGUCCCCAUAGCGGAUAUCCAUAAGGACACCGCCAUCCUCAUCUUGAAAUAUAACGACUUGAAAUCCGUCACUGCCUCCACCUUCAAAGGUCUCUCACUGCUGCUGGAGUUGGACCUGUCUAACAACGCAAUGACCAAUUUUAAGGUAGAAUUUGCACUGGGCUUGGAAGAACUCAACUUGGCCAACAAUUCAUUGGACCACAUCCCAAACCUCUCCCUGCUGACCAACCUGAACAAGCUCAUUCUGUCCCACAAUCGCAUCACCUCCGUGCCCGACGCAGCCUUCCAUCAUCUGAAGAACCUCCAACAGCUCUAUCUCCAGCACAACGGAAUUCAUUACCUCUCCGAGCAGGUAUUUGAACACUCCCAGCAGCUGCACACCUUGGACCUCUCGUACAACAAGUUGGUAAGUGUCCCGCGGCAUCUCAUUAGCCACGCUGAAAAACUGGACAAGUUCUACCUAACGGGGAACCGGCUGACUGAAAUCCCAGAUGAUUUCUUUGAAGGUCUGGCCAACCUGGCCUAUGUCUACCUGGAUGACAAUCCCUUCCAAUGCAACUGUGCCUUAGAGAACUUCAAGGCUUGGGUGGAGGAUAAUUCAUUUAAUAUCUAUACCAUGAAGGAUGGAGAUACAACCCAAGAUGAAUACAGCGUGGUCUGCACUUCACCAAAUAAAGUGCCACUUUUGAACUUUCCUAUGGACCACUGUAGUAACACAGGAGAUAAUGAUUAUGUAACAAACACAGUAGGUACGGAUUAUGUAAAAUAUUCAGUUACAUCGAUACAUUCCAUACUAACAACCCAAAAAGCAAGGCUUGUAAGUCCAACGAUGCUCCAAACAUCUACACUGACAGAUGCUCCAACAACUAUCAAAUCUGAAACAACUGAAUUUGAAAUAUCUUCUGAAACACCAACGAUUUUAUCAACCCUGGAUGCAGCAGAGGCUGCUACUACUACUACUGCCGAGUUUCAAACAUCUAAACUGACAGAUGCUCCAAAAUCUAUCACACCUGGAUCAACUGAAUUUGAAAUAUCUUCUGAAACGCCAAUGAUUUUAUCCACCCUGGAUGCAGCAGAGGCUACUACUACCGCCGAGUUUCAAACAUCUACACAGACAGAUGCUCCAACAACUAUCAAAGCUGGAUCACCUGAAUUUGAAGUAUCUUCUGAAACGCCAAUGAUUUUAUCCACCAUGGAUGCAGCAGAGGCUACUACUACUGCCGAGUUUCAAACAUCUACACAGACAUCAAAGACCUCAGCCUCUAGGUCGGCCUGCUCUCAUUUGUGCACCACCGAGAAGAAUGUAGUAAAGGACAAGCAGGAGACGCAGUGUACGCACAUGGGUCUGACUUAUAUCCCCCUAACUUGUAUUCCAAGCAACACUUCUAUCCUCAUCUUGAAAUAUAAUGACUUAACCUCCAUCACCACCUCCACUUUAAAAGAUCUCCCCUUGCUGGAGUUGGACCUGUCUAACAACGCAGUGACCAGCUUUACGGCAGACUUUCCUCUGGGCUUGGAAGAACUCAACUUGGCCAACAACUCAAUCAACCACAUCCCGGACCUCUCCCCGUUGACCAACCUGAAGACGCUCAUUCUGUCCCACAAUUACAUCAGCUGCGUGCCCGACACAGCCUUCCAUGAUCUGAAGAACCUCCACCAUCUCUAUCUGCAGCACAACGGAAUUCAUUACCUCUCCGAGCAGGUGUUCGAACGCUCACAGCAGCUGCAAACCUUGGACCUCUCGAACAACAAGCUGAUAGGGGUCCCAUGGCAUCUCAUUAGCCACGCCAAAAAACUGGACAAGUUCUACCUAACGGGGAACCGGCUCAUGGAAAUCCCAGAUGAUUUCUUUGAAGGCCUGAAGAACCUGGCCUAUGUCUACCUGGACGACAAUCCCUUCCGAUGCAACUGCGCCUCGGAAAACUUCAAGACUUGGGUGGAGGUUAAUGCGUUCAACAUUUACACCAUAAAGGAUGGAGCAACAACUCAAGAUGAGUACAGCGUGGUCUGUGCAUCACCCUAUAAGGUGCCACUUCUGAAUUUCUCCAUGGACCACUGUAGCACCGAGCCAAGCAAACCCAUAACUACCACCCCCACACCUUAUGUUCAACCGACCCAAAAAGCAAGAGUUUUAUCAACCACGCAAGUGAGAGUACCCACCACUGAGCUUACAACUUCUACUCAAGACACGCCAACAACAAGGUCACCCCAAACACCAACAGUUCCAACAUCUCCUCUAGUAGAUGCUCCUCUACCGACCACCCUUGCAUCAGAACCAUCUACUUUAAAGUUGUCCACAACCAUAAAGACACAGACCACUUUGAAAUUGGAAAUGCCAGACGUUCAAAACACCACAUGGACCAAAACCGUGUCGCCAAUGGUGGAAGAACACAGCACACCAACCAUUUAUUUAGACACACAAGUGCCAGUGGCACCGGUGGGCAUAGGAAGGCUCCAAUCAUGGCUGGCAGAACCCAUUACCAGAUACUGCUGCAUCCUUCACCUUCUCCUCUACCUUUUGGCUACCCUCCUGGUUCUCCUGCAGGUCGUGGUAUUUGGAGUGUGGCUUGUCUGGGCAUGUAAGACUUACUACAAACAUUACCACACACUUGUAGAUAAACCCCCCCCAAUCUGGCUGAUACGGGCGCGGAGGCGGAAAGAUGAGGCUCCUCAGCCACAUGUAGCGGCACAGGGCCGUGUAUACACAGGCCAAACAUUAAUGAGGGUCUUCGAAGUGGAUUGUGGAGACCAGAGAAAUAAAUUCACCUCUGCCAUUCUUUAGGAAGAGCACCUACACACUUUACUGCACUGUCACAAUAACCCUGGGGUAAUGGAGAUACUAUAGGGAACCUGGCAGCCCCAGGCCUAGGGUAGCAGGACAUACUGUGUAUUAUUUGAAGCAAAAUAUAAUCUUGAACAAC